UCUCCUCCAAACUGAGGGAACCAACGGGCCCUCUGAAAAUCUCUCCUUUAAAGAAGAGAAUUUGAUGAUGUGUAAGUUUACAUUCUUGUUCGAAACAACAUUUCAGAUGCAGCCAUUGUGAAAAAAAAAACAAGAAAAAGCGUGUCCUAUCCUGCCUGCCCUUGCACCUUCCUCUCUGCAAAUUCUUCAUCCCAGACUCUUGAGAUCUGAACGCGGCUUUGCCACUGCACUAAUCUUUUCUUCCUCUGCUUUUUUUCUUGUUUUUUUUAAACCUUUCUCGUCGUCUCUACCGCUAGAAAGACCAACGCGAAUCUCACAGGAAACCUGGUCGAAAUAAGGGGAAGCGACCGUGAAAACACAACACACACAGUAGCAGUAGUGUGGAGGUCGGUCUCGAUCGCCAUUGAUGGCCACUCGUUUCCUCGUACUCCUCUUCUUGUUAGCCACCUCGGCCUCCUCCUCCUCGACAUCCACGUCGCUCGCCACCAACACUACCGACGUCGGCCGCGAUGGCGGCGACAAUGCCGUCAGCUUCAGCUUCUCCAGCUUCCACGCCGAGGCGCGCGGGGUCAACGUGACGGUGGUCGGCGACGCCAACAUCAACGGCGGCGCGCUCCAGAUCACCCCGGACUCGCUCAACGACGCGUCGCGCUACCUCACCAACAAGUCCGGCCGCGUCCUGUACGCCGCCCCGUUCAAGCUCUGGCACCGCGAGAAGGGCGGCGGCGAGGCGGCGAACGGCUCCACCGCCGGCAAGAGGGUUGCCUCGUUUAGCACGGUGUUCACCGUCAACGUGUUCCGGCCCAAUGGCACGGUGCCCGGCGAGGGGUUCGCGUUCGUCAUCGCGCCGUCGGCGGCCGCGCCGCCGGCCGGGAGCACUGGCGGGUUCCUCGGCCUCACCAACGCCGCCACCGACGGCAAUGCGACGAACCAGAUCGUCGCCGUGGAGCUCGACACGGAGGAGCAGCCGUACGACCCGGACGACAACCACAUCGGCCUCGACGUCAACGGCGUCGUCUCCGUCGCCACCACCUCGCUCAAGCCGCUCGGCAUCGAGAUCUCCCCCGUCGACCCCGUCAAGUACGACGUCUGGAUCGACUACGACGGCGCCGCCCGCCGCAUCGAGGCGUACAUGGCGGUGUCCGGGCAGGCGAGGCCCGCGUCGCCGGUUCUCGCCGCGCCGCUGGACCUCGGCGCCACCGUGGCCGAGUGGUCCUACUUCGGGUUCUCGGCGUCGACGGGGCUCAAGUACCAGCUCAACUGCGUCCUCGCGUGGAACAUGACGGUGGAGAGGCUCCCCCGCGACGACGACGGCGGCGGCGACCACGGCAAGGGCCUCACGCUCGCCCUGGCCAUCGGGGUGCCCGUGGCCGCCGCCGCGCUCGCCGCCGCAUUGGGUUACCUGUACGUGGCGAAGCGGCGGCGGAAGGUGAGCGGCGGCGACGACGGCAGCGGCAUCACCGGGACGAUGAUCCGGAGCCUCGCCGGGGGGCCGAGGGAGUUCGAGUACCGGGAGCUGAGGAAGGCGACGAACAACUUCGACGAGAGGAUGAAGCUGGGGCAGGGCGGGUACGGGGUGGUGUACCGCGGCGUGGUGGUCGGCGACCACACCUUCCCCGGCGGCGCCGGGAGCGCGGUGGAGGUCGCCGUCAAGAAGUUCUCGCGGGCGAGCACCCAGGGGCAGAACGACUUCCUCGCCGAGCUCAGCAUCAUCAACCGCCUCCGCCACAAGCACCUCGUCCGCCUCGUCGGGUGGAGCCACGACAAUGGCGAGCUGCUGCUGGUGUACGAGUACAUGCCGAACGGGAGCCUGGACCAGCACCUGUUCGGCGCGGCGGCGGCGGAGCGGCGGCUGCUGGGUUGGGACCUCCGGUACAGCAUCGUCGCCGGCGUGGCGUCGGCGCUGCACUACCUCCACGAUGAGUACGACCAGAAGGUGGUGCACCGCGACCUCAAGGCCUCCAACGUCAUGCUCGACGCCGCCUUCAGCGCGCGCCUCGGCGACUUCGGCCUCGCCCGCGCCAUCGAGACCGACAAGACCUCCUACAUGGAGGAGGCCGGCGGCGGCGUCCACGGCACCGUCGGCUACAUCGCCCCGGAGUGCUUCCACACCGAGAAGGCCACCCGCGAGUCCGACGUCUACGCCUUCGGCGCCGUCGUCCUCGAGGUCGUCUGCGGCCGCCGCCCGCGCUGCGACAUCGACGGCUUCUGCUUCCUCGUCGACUGGGUGUGGCGCCUCCACCGCGACGGCCGCGUCCUCGACGCCGUCGACCCGCGCCUCGACGGCGCGUUCGACGCCGGCGACGCCGAGCGGCUGCUCCUCCUCGGCCUCGCCUGCAGCCACCCGACGCCGGCCGAGCGGCCCAAGACGAUGGCCAUCACGCAGAUCCUGCUGCGGUCCACGCCGCCGCCGGAGGUGCCGCCGUUCAAGCCGGCGUUCGUGUGGCCGGCCAUCGACGGCGGGAUCGACACGACGACGUCCACGGCGUCCAGCCACGUCAGCACGAACAUGACGUCGACGUCGACGUGGAGCGGCAACUUCAUGAGGGGAAGCCGGAGCCACGCGCCGCCGACGCCGGAGCAAGACGCCUCGGACUCCGUGGUGUGACGGCGACGGCGGCCGCCGGCGCUGUGACACGUGGCGCUUUGACACGUCGGAUGAUCGUUGCCGCCGUGGAGUCUAACUGUCUAAACCGGGGUAAUCUCCACGGUGGCAACAAUGAAGUGCUAUAGUACAGUUUUAUUCUUGUGGAAUUAAUUGUGUUUUAUUUUGCUCAAAAAUUACUGUAACUACGUUUUUAGUAGAGUUCAUGCUGAUUUUAUUCUGAAAUGAUCAAAUUAAAGCUCAGAUUUCAGGAGCCUUUUGAUCCUUUCACCUGAAUCUCGCAACUCUUCUCCGGAUUUUUUUCUUAACCGGCUGGGAAUGCUCAAAGUCCCAAACUAUUCUUUUAA